AUGUCGAAGAAAGAGGGCGUUAUCCACCCGCGCAUGUCCAAGAAGGGCCCCUUCACCGUCGAAGUCCCUGGCGUCGAACCCGUCGAAGGAGAGACCAUUCCUCGUCGUCUUCCACAGGCUAAGGAUGGCCUGAUUACGCGACCUGCCGACGACCUGACGACAACCUACGAUGCUUUCCGCCGCUCGGCGCGCAUUUUUGGUAAUGCCAAAGCAGUUGCGAGCCGUCGCCUAAUCAAGACCCACGUCGAGACCAAGAAGGUCAAGAAGAUUAUCGAUGGACAAGAGCAGGAGGUUGACAAGGCGUGGACGUACUUCGAGAAGGGCCCUUACGUUUACAAGAGUUUUAUCGAGUACGAGAAACUGGCGUUGGAGCUUGGUAACGGUCUGCGUAAGAUCGGCCUGAACAAGAGCGACAAGGUCCACCUGUACGGUGCGACGAGUUUAAACUGGCUGGCGAUGUCUCACGGUUCUGCUUCCCAGUCUUUGACCAUCGUUACUGCAUACGAUACCCUGGGUGAGGAAGGAUUGGCGCAUUCCAUUGUGCAAACUGAGAGUGACGCUAUCUUCUUGGACCCCUCCCUCAUUAAGUCUCUCGCGAACGUCUUGGACCGAGCAAAAUCUAUCAAGCAUGUUAUCUGGAACACCGAUGAAGAGCCAAAGCAGGAGGACCUGGACCGAUUGAAGAACGACUUCAGCCAUCUUAACGUCCUGAGCUUUGAGGACCUGCGGAAACUGGGAGAGGAGAACCCCUCAGACCCUGUUCCCCCAUCCCCAGAGGACCUGUGCUGCAUCAUGUACACAUCUGGCUCUACUGGCCCACCAAAGGGUGUUCCGCUUACCCAUGGCAAUGUUGUUGCCGCAAUGGCGGGAAUCAACGAAAUCGUCGGUCCCUACAUAGGCCCCUCGGAUGGGCUGCUUACCUACCUUCCCCAAUCUCAUAUCCUGGAAUACAUGUUUGAGAACCUUUGCCUCUUCUGGGGUGGUACCAUGGGCUACGGAAACCCGCGUACGCUCUCCGACACUUCCAUGCGGAACAGCAAGGGCGACAUUCGUGAAUUCCAACCCACCAUCCUCGUCGGUGUUCCCGCGGUCUGGGAGUCAGUGAAGAAGGGCGUUCUCAACAACCUGAACAAGAACAACUCCAUUGUGAAGAGCUUGUUCUGGGGCGGUAUGUCUGCCAAGAACUUCCUGAUGUCUACUGGCUUCCCCGGCGCAGGCAUUGGUGCUUGGUUUCUUGACAACGUGAUCUUCAAAAAGCUGAAGGACGCAACUGGUGGCCGUCUGCGCAUUAUCAUGAACGGUGGAGGUCCCGUCUCCAAGGAGACCCAGAAGUUUUUGUCCAUGGCCAUCGCCCCCAUGAUCAGCGGUUAUGGUCUGACGGAGACCUCGGCCAUGGGUGCUCUAAACGACCCAGGGGCGUGGAACCCCGACGCUCUCGGUGAGCCCCCAGCUUGUAUCGAAGUCAAGCUCGUUGACUUCCCGGAUGCUGGAUACUACGCCAAGAACAACCCGCCCCAGGGUGAAAUCUGGAUCCGCGGAGGCAGUGUAUCAAAAGAGUACUUCAAGAACGAAGAGGAGACCAAGAAGGCCUACGCUGAGGGCGGAUGGUUCAUGACCGGCGACAUCGGCGAGUUCGACAAGAACGGCCACCUCAAAAUUAUCGACCGUAAGAAGAACCUUGUCAAGACGCUCAACGGCGAGUACAUCGCGCUCGAGAAGCUUGAGUCCGUCUACCGCUCUUCCCCCAUUGUCGGCAACAUCUGCGUCUACGCCGCCCAAGACCAGGACAAGCCUAUUGCCAUCAUCGUUCCUGUCGAGCCUGCAUUGAAGAAGAUUGCCCAGGAAAACGGCAUCGAGGGUGACACCGUCGAAACCCUCGUUCACAACGAGAAGCUGAAGUCUAUCGUCCUUCAGCAGCUCCAGACCGCCGGUAGAUCUAGCGGCCUCAAGGGAAUUGAGAUCAUCAGCGGAGUCGUCCUCGCUGACGAGGAGUGGACUCCCCAGAACGGCUACAUGACCGCAGCCCAAAAACUCCAGCGCAAGAAGAUCGUCGACAAAUUCCAGAAGGAGAUCGACCAAGCCUACAAGAAGAAAUAA